AUGGACCACUCCACUGCCCUGAUGGGGAGGGAGCUCUUCGGCUCUCGCCACGGCCAUCGCAUCGACUUCUCGCUCAGGUCGUACAUCAAGCGCUUUGUGAGCCGGGAACAAGACAUUUACCAGAUCAUCAUGACCCAGCCACAACCCCUCCCAGUCUUUGCGUCGGACUACUGCCACCUCGCCAACAACGGCAACUAUAUUGCUCUUGCCGGCGAAGAAGGGACGAUCGCCAUCAUCGACACCUCAAAAGACAACCAGUGGGAGCUAGUCAACGGACGCGCACAGUGGUCCGCCCACGACAACUCGAUAUUUGAGCUCAAGUGGUCUCCGAACGACCAUCUGAUCGCGUCUGUCUGCGGCGACCAGACUACCAAGAUCUGGGACGUUGAAACCCAAACCGAGAUAUGUUCCCUCAUCGGGCACGAGUUCAGUGUCAAAUCUGUAUCGUUCAAUCCGCGCAAUCCAGACGUCCUCGUGACUGCCUCCAGAGACGGCUCAGUCAUGGUGUGGGACCUGCGCUGUGCGCCAAUGCUCCCUCCUGACGACGCGGAUUCGACUCUGGUACCAGCGCGGCGGCACCGUCCUGUUGAUGUCAUUGCCAAUGCCCAUAGCACCGAGUACCACAACUCCAAGUCGCUCAAGCGCCGGCGAGCCAUGUCGCCUGGACCAGCCCCGAAGACGCAGUCCAUCAGUGUCACCUCUGUGGUGUUCCUGCCCCAUACAUUCAAUACGGUUGCUUCGGCUGGUGCCGCUGACGGGACAAUCAAAUUGUGGGAUCUCCGCCACCAUGGAUACUUUUCCAAAAGAUUUUCUUCGCUCUCCAUCCAUCCUGACGGACACAAGCUGUUUGCUGCCUGCACAGACCACCGCGUAUACGAAUUCAGUGCGUACACACUGGGUGAGCCGCUGUUUGCAUAUUCGGCCAAAACCCUCAAGACAUCGUCGUUCUAUGUCAAGACUACGGUCUCGCCCGACGGCCGGUUCGUGGCCUCGGGUUCGAUGGACGGCGGCGUGCACAUCUGGGAGCUCGGCAGGCGGGAAUGCGCUCCGAUCGUUCUGCGAGGACACGAGAAAGAAGUGACAUCCGUCAGCUGGUCCAAGAGAACCCUUGAUCAGAUGAUUCGACGGCUCGAGUAUGGAGCAUCGCAAGCAUGA